GACAUUCCUAUAAAUAAGUAAGUUCAUAAGGUUGAAUAAAUAAUUCUAAAAGUAUUUCAUUGUAAUUAAAAUGAUUGCAAGUUGUUUAGACAAACAAUUUAUGCUUUAUAUAAGUUUUUAUAAAGAAUGCUUUAUCGGUAAAUUCUACUUCCGGUUCCGGUUACCUACUUCCGGUUCCGGUUACGUACUUCCGGUAUUCCGUUUUUGCUAAAAACAAAGGUUCACAUGCAAGAGGCAGCAUGGAAAUGUUAUCCGAUGCCAUCCACUCUGAAUUAUCAUGCAGGAACGCCUUUUCACCACAUGUUCAUGAAGACAAUUAAACAAGCUGCAACUGAACUCCAGGGUCUUCAUUUGUGGUUUAACUCGGUGUCACCAACAGCUACGUUGAAAACACUACAGUGAAAAGGCGGCAAUUGAUUAUUCUCCACGAUCAAAAUGGCAUCCAGCAACAACUCUGCAUGCAGCCGUUCUUCUGGAUCAGCAGUAAGUGCUACUUACGCUCGAGCUAAAGCAGAAGCUGCUAAGGUGAGAGCAUCUUAUGCAACCAAAGAAGCACAGUUAAAAGUUGAAAGAGCACAAAGUGAAUUGGAAAAAGCUAAAAUAGAGGCAACAUUGGAAGUGAUAACAUUACAAAAGGAAGCUGAUGCUGCUGUGGCUGAAGCCCAAGUGCUGGAGGAAGCUGAAGCAACACAAGAGGAGCACGACAGGAGAAAAGCUCUGUCAGAAAAGUCAAUAUUAGAACGUACAAGUGAAUACGUACAAUCUCAAAUGGGCAUAAUACAAUCUCCAUGUCCUGAAAAAGCACCAACCACCUUUCGCCCACGAGUAAGCUCACUCGAUACAUUUGUAUCAUGGCAUCCUCACGUUGAACACAGUGUAGAGCCACAACCCAUCAGCUCUGAACAAAAGCUCACUAAGGACAAUGUUGCUGCCCUAAAUAUGCCCAGUCAGACUAUAAGUGAAAUGAAACAAAACGCUCACUUCAACCCAACUUGCUCACCGUUCACGCCUCACCGCAACACCCCAGCCAGCAUUUCAUACCCAGUUGAGCCAUUUGCACAAUACAUAGCAAGACGAGAUCUGAUCACUUCGGGCCUUUACCAGUUUGAUGAUAGGCCAGAGAAUUAUGGAGCAUGGUACUCUUCAUUUUGUAGUGCAACAGCGGAUGUUCACCUAAGUCCCAUUCAACAGCUAGAUCUCAUGACAAAAUGGUUAGGGAAAGAGUCGAGUGAUCAGGUAAAACGCAUACGCUCAGUACAUGUCAACAACCCUACAUUGGCUCUACAUAAAGCAUGGGAGAGACUAAACGAAUGUUAUGCGGCUCCUGAAAUAAUCGAAAAGUCACUCUUCCAACGAUUGGACAGUUUUCCAAGAAUAACGGUCAAAGAUAACAUCAAACUGCGUGAACUAGGGGAUCUACUACAAGAGAUUGAAAGCGCCAAGGAAGAUGGCUACCUCCCUGGCCUACAAUAUCUGGACACUUCUCGUGGAAUUAGGCCUAUUGUUGAAAAGCUCCCACACGGUCUUCAGGAAAGGUGGAUGUCACAUGGAUCUCAAUAUAAAGAGGAAAAUCGAGGCUGUUUCCCACCCUUUAAGUAUUUCUGCCAAUUCGUGUGCAAAGAGGCUAAGAGACGCAAUGAUCCAAGUUUCCACCAACAAUACGGCCAAACACACUCAAGACCAGAAAAGGAUUCAAAGAACUUUUUCUCUAGUAAACCUAUUACUGUACACAAAACCAAUAUCUCUGUCCCCAACAACGACUUUAACAGGAACUGCCCACUGCAUAAUAAGCCACACCCACUCAAAAAAUGCAGGACGUUUCGGAACAAACCACUCACUGAAAGGAAGGCCUUCCUCAAAGAGAAAGGAAUAUGCUUUAAAUGCUGCUCUUCAGUCACUCAUCUUGCAAAGGACUGUAAAUCUGCAGUAACAUGUUCUGAAUGUGAUAGCACAAGCCACGAUACAAUCAUGCAUCCUGGUUCUCCAGCCCAGAUCAACAAGGCUCCCUCACUGGCACAAGAGAAUGGCGGGGAGGGAGAAAACAGUCCUGACACAGUUGAUGUCAUAACAAGCUGCACAGAUGUGUGCGGACCAGGUCAGUGGGGUCGUUCAUGUUCUAAGAUAUGUCUUGCGUGGGUGUACCCUUUAGGUUGCAAGAACAGAGCAGUCAAAGCUUAUGUAAUAUUAGAUGAUCAGAGCAAUCGUUCCCUAGCCAGGCCAGAGUUUUUUGAACUUUUUGACAUUAAAACUGAACCUUUCUCCUACAAUCUCAGAACAUGUUCUGGUGUGGUAGAAACAUGGGGCAAAACGGCUCAAGGUUUCCAGAUUGAGUCACUAGAUGGGUCGGUAGUUAUUCCUCUACCCCCGCUCAUUGAGUGUCAGGACAUUCCCAACAACAGAAGUGAAAUCCCAACCCCUAGCGCAGUACUUCACCAGCCACAUCUUCAAUCCGUAGCAAAGUACCUCCCAGAACUAGACCCUAAGGCUGAAAUACUCUUGUUACUUGGGCGAGAUGUUUUACGGGUGCACAAGGUCAGGCAGAGGGUUAAUGGCCCUCAUAAUGCUCCAUUUGCCCAGCGUUUAGAUCUAGGAUGGGUUGUAGUAGGGGAGGUUUGUCUGGGUAAUCUUCAUAGGCCGACCGUCAGCACUCUAAAAACAGUUGUCUUAGAAAAUGGUCGCCCAACAGUUUUUGAGCCAUGCAACAGUCUUCUGCAACUCAAAGAAAUGCCACACACGAAUAGACUGAGUAAAGCACCUGAGCAAGCCUUGGGACAAACUGUUUUUAACCGGACGGAAAAUGACAAUAAACCAGCUCCUUCAAUACAGGACGCCAUGUUUAUCAAAAUAAUGGACAAUGCUAUGUACAGAGAUGAGGACAACAGUUGGGUCGCCCCACUUCCGUUUAAAGAACCUCGCCAGCGGCUGCCAAACAACAGAGAACAAGCACUCACAAGAUUCUCAUCCUUAAAACGCAACCUAAACAGAAAACCAAGAAUGCAAGACCAAUAUGUGGCCUUCAUGGGAAAGAUCUUUUCUAAUGGUCAUGCUGAGUUGGCACCCCCACUGAAAAAGGAUGAGGAAUGUUGGUAUCUUCCGACAUUCGGAGUUUAUCACCCACAAAAGCCAGAUCAGAUCAGAGUUGUUUUCGACUCUAGUGCUCAGUACCAGGGUGUCUCACUUAACAAUGUCCUCCUUACUGGCCCUGAUCUAAAUAACACACUCCUUGGUGUUCUUCUCCGCUUCCGGACUGACAGCAUUGCAAUCAUGGCAGAUAUACAGCAAAUGUUUCACUGUUUUAUGGUGCGUGAGGACCACCGUAACUUCCUCCGUUUUCUUUGGCAUAAAGACAAUGAUUUAAACAAGGAAGUUAUCGAUUAUCGCAUGAAAGUCCAUGUAUUUGGCAACUCACCAUCUCCUGCUGUUGCUGUUUACGGACUUCGCAAGGCCAUCAGAGUAGGUGCAAAGGAAUAUGGUGCUGAUACUGUCAAGUUUGUGGAGAGGCACUUUUACGUAGAUGAUGGCUUGGUUUCUGUUCCUUCUUCAGCUGAGGCAAUAGACUUGCUUCAAAGAACACAAGCUUCACUCGCUGAAUCUAAUUUGCGCCUGCAUAAGUUUGUUUCUAACUCACAGGCAGUUAUGCAGGCCUUCUGCCCAGAAGACUGUGCAGCAGUCGUUAAAGACUUAAAUUUAAGUGGGGAAGAAAUACAGUCCCAGCGAAGCCUUGGUCUUAUUUGGGAAAUGACAACUGACACAUUCACUUACUCAGUAGCCGACACAAACAGACCAUUUACCCGACGUGGUGUUCUCUCAUCCGUCAACAGUGUCUUUGAUCCCCUGGGCCUAUUGGCACCAGUCACAAUCCAAGGAAGAGCUCUGCUCAGAGAACUCACUUCUGAAUGUUCAGAUUGGGACACACCCCUUCCAGAGGACAAACAAAGUAACUGGGAAACAUGGAAGAAUUCCCUUCAGGACCUAAAGGAACUACAUGUCCCUAGAACUUUCACAUCUACUUCUCUCAGUCAAGCGACGCAUAAAGAACUGUGUUUAUUCUCAGACGCAUCAACCAAGGCCAUAGGGGCCGUAAGCUAUUUAAAGGCAACCCAAGCAGAUGGCAAGGUUGAGGUUGGAUUCAUAAUGGGCAAGGCAAAGCUAACUCCCCUGUCAGAACCAACCAUACCAAGACUUGAACUCUGUGCAGCAGUCUUGGCAGUGGAAAUGGCUGACCUCAUUCAGGACGAGUUGGACUUACAUUUUGAUGCAAUACACUUUUAUACCGACAGUAAGGUGGUGCUAGGCUACAUCUGCAACGACUCUAGAAGAUUCUAUACAUAUGUCCACAACAGAACACAGCGCAUUCGCCAGUCGUCAAAGCCAGAACAAUGGCACUAUGUGCGUACAGAGGAAAACCCAGCAGACCAUGCGUCGAGGUCAUUGUCAGCAGCUCAGCUAAAAAGGUCAACUUGGUUCACCGGACCAUCCUUCAUCCGCCAUCCUCCUGCAGAGAUACCACACGUGAGUGAAAUCUUUGAUUUAAUCGAACCUGACAAAGAUUCAGAGAUUAGGCCAGAAAUCAGAACUUAUGUUACUCACCUCCGAGUACUCAACAGUGAACGUUUCGAGCGCUUUUCUACUUUCAAGUCCUUAGUCAGAGCUAUAGCAAACCUUAUCCACAUCGCAAAAUCUUUCAAUGGGACUAAUCCAAACAGCAAAUGCAAAGGCUGGCACAAAUGUCACCUCCCGCGAACUCCAGAGGAGAUAGCUCAGGCAAAAACUGUCAUCCUCAAAGAGACACAAAAGGCUCACUUUGAAAAAGAACUUUCUGCCCUUAAUGCUGGUAAGCCAAUCUCAAAGCAGAGCCCUCUACAAAAGCUCAGUCCAAUCCUGCAGGAUGGUCUCAUCUCUGUCGGUGGCCGACUCAAACACUCAGAAAUUGAGAACUUGGAAAAAAGUCCAUUAAUUCUCCUUAAACACAGUCACAUCUCUCUCCUGCUCACUCGUCAUCACCACGAGCUAGUGGAACAUCAAGGCCGUCAUCUGACGGAAGGAGCCAUCAGGGCUGCAGGACUGUGGCUUUUAGGGUGCAAAACACUUGUCAACUCAGUGAUCCACAAAUGUGUAACCUGCCGCAAAUUGCGUGGGAAAGUAGAACAACAACUCAUGGCGGCUCUACCACCUGAACGCCUAAAGACUUGUUCUCCUUUUACUUAUGUUGGCCUCGACGUUUUCGGGCCCUGGACUAUUACUGCCAGACGCACCAGGGGCGGACUAGCUGAAAGUAAGAGAUGGGCCAUUAUGUUUACCUGCAUGAGUUCAAGGGCUGUCCAUAUUGAGGUAAUCGAAUCUCUAGACACCUCCAGCUGCGUAAAUGCCCUCCGUCGCUUCUUUGCUCUAAGAGGUCCCGCCAAACAGUUGUUGUCAGAUCGGGGCACCAAUUUUGUUGGGGCUUCCAAGGAACUAGGAAUGGACAAAUCAAUGCAGAAGUAUCUAACAGAGCAAGGUUGCAGCUGGGAGUUCAAUCCUCCACAUGCGUCUCACAUGGGAGGUUCUUGGGAGCGCAUGAUCGGAGUUGCCCGCAGAAUCCUGGACUCCAUGUUGCUGCGAAAUAAGAUACAGUUGACUCAUGAGGUGCUAUGCACACUCAUGGCCGAAAUAACAGCCAUCAUAAACGCAAGGCCACUUGUCCCAGUGUCGUCGGAUCCAGAGAACCCCUUUGUUCUAUCCCCAUCGAUGCUCAUUACACAGAAAUCUUGCCUUCAACCUCCACCCGGAGACUUCUUGGAUAAAGACCUUUACACCAAACAAUGGAGACAAGUUCAAGCUCUUUCCAACCAGUUUUGGACACGCUGGAGGCAUGAGUAUUUGCCCACAUUGCAACAAAGACAGAAAUGGACUGUAUCAUGUAGAAACCUUCAAGUUGGUGACCUAGUUCUGCUAAAGGACGCGCAAGUUACACGCAACAGCUGGCCCAUGGCAAAGGUUAAUGCAACAUUCCCAGGCAAAGACAGUCGAGUAAGAAAGAUCGAGGUAAAGGGAUGGAGUCAAGGUUGUGUAAAGACAUUCAUGCGACCAGUUACAGAAGUUAUCCUUCUCAUGCCAAAGGACUGAAUGUUUAAUGGAUUGUUUAGUAUAGUGGCCUCAUUAGUGUAGUGGCCAGGCGGGGAGUGUGUUGUCCUUAAGACAUUCCUAUAAAUAAGUAAGUUCAUAAGGUUGAAUAAAUAAUUCUAAAAGUAUUUCAUUGUAAUUAAAAUGAUUGCAAGUUGUUUAGACAAACAAUUUAUGCUUUAUAUAAGUUUUUAUAAAGAAUGCUUUAUCGGUAAAUUCUACUUCCGGUUCCGGUUACCUACUUCCGGUUCCGGUUACGUACUUCCGGUAUUCCGUUUUUGCUAAAAACAAAGGUUCACAUGCAAGAGGCAGCAUGGAAAUGUUAUCCGAUGCCAUCCACUCUGAAUUAUCAUGCAGGAACGCCGUAAGUUACAUCAUAUGGCAGUUUAUACUGUUUAGUUGGAUGUUAUUGUUGAUUUUCCUGUAAUGUUAUUUUAGCGAACUUGAACCACUUAAUUUGGGCAUAUAUCUCUUUACAUGUUGAGAUAGAGUAUAUUUUCUGUCA